AUGAGGAGGAGAUCGACAUUCAAGAACAACGAAGGAACUCCUCAUGUUGAGCGUAGCCGUGCCGCACAUCAAAAUCGAUCGACGGAGCAGGUGCCCAAGCUCGCCGCAAUUGCACAAGCAAUAGAGGAACAGCUUCCGUCGCAGUCGUGCGAGUGUACCUACAACCAAUGGUCCCAUCGAGAGGCCGUCCUAGAAUUCGGGAGUGCAGGAGAAUCAACCAUCCGAUGA